AUGGGGAGGGUGAAGCUGAAGAUCAAGAGGCUGGAGAACACCAGUGGCCGGCAGGUCACCUACUCGAAAAGAAGAGCAGGGAUCUUGAAGAAGGCAAAGGAGCUGUCCAUACUGUGUGACAUCGACAUCGUGCUUCUCAUGUUCUCCCCCACUGGGAAACCCACACUCUGCCUUGGGGAGCGCAGGUACCAUCCGUUCCAUCCUCCUCUUUCUUCGUAG